GAAAUAUCCUCCCAUUUCGUGUCCUUACGUACCAACUGGAUGACGGCAUGUGUAACUGCUAAGUUCCCGCAUGCCCAAGUUGUGGAUUUGAGCGAACUUCUACGUCCGGAGGUAUUCCUCAAUGCUUUGAAACAAGAGACCGCUAGAGCUCUCAAGGUGAGGA